AGUGCAAAUACGCAUGCGCAACAUUGACAGCUAACUAGCGCAGCGUACUUUACAACAGCCAGCUGUUACCAACCACUUAGACACAGUGGUUAGCGUUUCGGUUUUGUUUUCGGCAGUAACUUAACCGUCAUUCUUGAAUAUCCAUCUUAUGGGGAAGAUAACAUUAAGACUAAUUCAUACAAGUAUGGCGGUUGCAGUUAGCUUUGACAGCUCUUCGUCUGUGUAGUUAGCGAGCUAGCUAGCUAGGUAAUGUUGAUAGCACUCAGUAGCAUCAACGCUAGCUAGCUAAGUUACAGCGGAUUCUUACAAGCUGGCAUCAAAAAACCUCAUCGUCAGCCAUGGGAAUACUAUUUACAAAGCUGUGGAGGCUUUUUAAUCAUCAAGAGCACAAAGUAAUUAUCGUUGGCCUGGACAAUGCUGGCAAGACCACAAUUCUUUAUCAGUUUUCAAUGAAUGAGGUGGUACACACCUCUCCUACAAUUGGGAGCAACGUGGAGGAGAUUGUGGUUAACAAUACCCAUUUCCUAAUGUGGGACAUUGGGGGCCAGGAGUCCCUUAGGUCUUCGUGGAAUACAUACUACACAAACACAGAGUUUGUAAUUGUGGUGGUUGACAGCACAGACAGAGAAAGGAUCUCGGUGACCAAAGACGAACUCUACAGAAUGCUAGCUCAUGAAGAUUUAAGAAAAGCAGGGCUGUUGAUCUUUGCAAACAAGCAGGAUGUGAAAGGUUGCAUGUCUGUAGCUGAGAUCUCUCAGAGUCUCCAGCUUACCUCUGUCAAAGACCACCAGUGGCACAUCCAGGCCUGCUGUGCUCUCACUGGGGAGGGGCUGUGCCAGGGUCUUGAGUGGAUGAUGUCACGGCUGCGUGUGAGAUGAUGACCUUUGACUUUGAUCAGGAGUGCGGCGUUGCUCUCUGUUUUCUCUGCCUCCAGCCAUGAGCUUGAAAUGAGGAUGGGGUGAGGUCUGUUGAUGGAUGGCCCUCUCCUCUUUCCUGUGAAGCUGACAUGGGCAGACUUCUGCCAGGACGUUACAUUCUUCUGUGAUAACUUAUUUUAAAAAAGACAUUUGAACUCUGAACAAAAACAUGACCUUUUCAGAAGGACUUUGGACAACAAAUAUAGACUCAAUUAUUUAAAUUGAAAUUUCUGCACGGUUUUCCUUUCAGAAAAAACUCAGAGGUCAGCAAAGUGUCUGACUUUGAAUUGUACAUGGACUUAUUCUUCAGCUGUGUGUGAGUCUAGCCCAUGGUGGCCUUGCAGUAUUGCCGGACUAGCUGUGGCAGUUUUUAUUGCCCCCCUGUGUGUACAGUCCAGUAUUCUCUUUUAACGUGGUGCCUGCAGCAGAAUGUUCAAGAGAAUGAUGGGUAAUGGUGACUGAAACAUGCAGAAGGGAGGGUAAAAUCACAAAAUGCCCUCCUCCUUUCAGUCUCUAUGAAUAAUCAGUGAAAUAAAGUGUUUUUAUCUGUUUCAAGUGAA